AUGAGAUCCUUCCUGUUGAGUUCCAUCUUGACUAGCUGUGCUCUACUUCAUCCAAUAUCGGCAAGCCCCGUGGAUAUCAGAGCAGAUUCAAUCAACUUGUGCAACAAGAACUACCAUCCAGACUUUAAUUGCACAAAAGGCCUUCUCUGCCAAAGCGACUGGCCCUCUGAGAUCGGGAAUUAUGGAUCAAUCGAUCGUAGGGCCAGGAGUAUCAACCGGACUGGACAAUCCGCAAUAACAUUUCAAAUGAGCCUGCCAGGAGACAUUGCUACAGCAGCCGAAGACGGGACGAAUAACGAAACCACGACCACCUUGCUUCAUACUCUCCAAGAACGAAGUCCCGCGGAGGCGUGUUGCCGCCCAACGGUGGAAUAUUUCGAAUUCUGGGGCACAAUCAAGCUCAAAGGCUUCGCAUAUCCCACUCGACUCCUGAUUGACGGUUUGGAGGUUUGGAAAAGGGCAGAAUGGUGUUUGCAAGACUUUCUUACGCCCAAGGCAUGGUGUUCUCAUCCUCCAGCACGGGAAAGAGCUUUUACUUGGCAAGAACCACCCAAGUGCGCAAGGUUU